AUGACCCUCGUACUUGCUUUUACUGAGGCCCUGGGCUUGCUAGCGACAUACCUGCUCUUUACAACGAUAUACAACAAACUCAGUCGCAAACAGCCGUUCCCGUUCCCCCUUCCUCCUAGCCCUCCUGCUGAUCCCCUCAUCGGCCACCUGAGGAAAAUACCGCUGGUACAUGCGGAGCACACCUUUGUCGAAUGGGCAAAGAAAUACGGUGAAGUGACUUACCUGAACAUCUUGGCCCGGCAUGUGGUAGUUCUGAAUAGUAGAGAGGCGGCGUACGAACUUCUCGAGAAGCGAGGCGCCUUGCACAGCGAUAGGCCUGAUAUGAUUGUCUGGGACAUAAUGGGAUGGGGAAACGCACUGACCUUCCUCCAUUAUGGCGACCGUUUCAGGAGGCAAAGAAAGCUGAUGAACUCGCACUUGUCGGCGAAAGCCUGCACCCAGUAUAAGCCAAUGCAGUUGGAGAAUGCACACCUUCUCGUAGGCCACCUUAUGGAGGCUAAGGGCGAGUAUGCACAUGCGCUAACCCACUUUUCUACUGCUAUCAUCAUGCGGAUAACUUAUGGUCACCAGAUUUCGUCUGAUGGCGAUGAAUAUGUCGUGUUAGCAGCUAAUGCCCAAGCGUCGGGGGAGGAAAGUGGAGUGCCAGGCGGGACACCCAUCGAUUAUUUCCCUAUACUUCAAUAUCUUCCCUCGUGGUUCCCCGGCACGCACUACGCUUACGUAGCCCGCAAAUGGCAGAACCAUGUCCAAAGAUUCAGGAACAUUCCUUUCGAAUAUGUGGUCACACAAAUGGCGGAGGGAACAUCAAAACCCUCAUUCCUCAGUAACAUGCUUGGGCGAUUCAAUGGGCGUACGUUAUCCGACGAAGAGCGAGAAGACUUGAAGGAUGCUGCCGCCGUUAUGUACAGUGCUGGAGCAGGAACUACUUCCGCAAUUCUUGGCCUAUUUUUCAUGGCCAUGCUGGAGAAUCCAGAGUGCCAGAAGUUGGCGCAAGACGAGAUCGAUCGGGUAGUUGGGAAGGACAGACUUCCGACAUUCGAAGAUCGUGCCUCAUUGGUAUAUGUUGAGUGCCUAGUGCAGGAGCUAUUUCGAUGGAACCCCAUUAUCCCUCUAGGCUUGAUGCACCGCUCAAUCGAGGACGAUGUUUAUAAGGGUAUGUUCAUACCAAAAGGCUCGCUCAUCUAUCCGAACGUACUGGCGAUGUCACUCGAUGAAAACUAUUCCGACCCUACUGCUUUCAACCCGUCCAGAUUCAUGCCCAAGUUAGAUGGCGGGGGCGGCGAGCCGCCUUUUCCCUCUGCCUUUGGUUUCGGAAGAAGGAUAUGUCCUGGGAGACACUUAGCGUAUGCCAGUGUUUGGAUCGCUGUGGCUACCAUUCUAUCGACGCUCAACAUCACUCGCAAGAAGGACAAGGAAGGGAAUGAUAUCCCCUUCCAUCUCGAGUUCGCAUCGGGUAUAACCAAGUAG